UGGAAUUUUUUGGCAAGAUGUUAUUUUUCUUAACAAAAACUUAAGCAACAGUGUUUUGCAAAAUAAUCAAAUUAGGAAAUUAAGAUUGACGGAAUAAUUUUGACGAAGUGAAAAGUGGCAGAAAAAAACCUUCCCGUGUUCCGAUAUAUUAGUUCAGGGGCUAAAUACUUUCAAGUUUAUUAUAGCGAUGUCUUACCAAAUUAAACAAGUACCAGACUGUUGCAAUGUAUUAGGCGAAGGACCACAUUGGGAUAUUGAAACUCAAAACCUAUAUCUGGUUGAUGUUUUUGGAAAAAAGCUUCUAAGAUUCGACUAUGCACAGCAGAAAGUUUAUAGAUGUGAAAUUGAAAACGAAUCAGCUCCACCAACAUUUAUAAUACCAAUUGAAGGAGCUCCUGAUAAAUUCGUAGUUGCACUUAAAAAUCGUGUUGUUGUUAUAUCUUGGGAUGGCACAUCUAAGACUUGUAAAGUUGACAAAGACAUCCUUGUUGUUGAACAAGAGGAUAAAUACAAAAAUAACAAUUUAAAUGAUGGCAAAUGUGACCCGAAAGGACGCCUCUUUACUGGAUCCAUGAACUCAGAUUUCUUAAAUUUUAGGACAGGAAAUUUAUACAGGUUAGAUGGAAAUGGCCAUAAGCUUUUGAUGCCAAAUAUUGGGCUUUCAAAUGGACUAGUGUGGAAUGAAGUUACUAAAAAAUUUUAUUACGUUGAUUCUAUGGAUUUCACGGUCAGAGAAUUUGAUUACGAUAUCGAAACUGGUGAUAUAAAAAAUCCAAAAAUAAUCUAUGAACAACCACAGAAAGAAGGUAGUAUUUGCCUUCCUGAUGGUGUAACCAUUGAUUCAGAAGGAUUUCUUUAUGUAGCCUUUUUUAAAGGUUCGAAUGUUCUUAAAAUCGAUCCAAAAAAUUGCAAGGUUCUACUUGAAAUUAAACUUCCAUGUCAACAAGUUACAUCACUUGCUUUUGGUGGGCCAAAUUUGGAUAUUCUUUAUAUUACAACUGGUGCACUUGAAAACCAACCUGCACCAGCUGGCCAAACAUUUAAAGUCACAGGUCUGGGGGCAAAAGGUCUGCCCAUGAAAAAGUUUAAACUUAAAUAAUUCGUUUUAGAAUUCUUGAUGAAAAUUUCAUAUUUGAAUGUGCAAUAAAAAAAUUUAAUUGAUAUUUGCUUGUAAACAAUUAAAAAAAUUAAUAAAAUAUAUUAAAUGCA